AUGGACUCACAAACACGCGCCGCUGGCAUUGCCUCCGCCGGUAUCAAGAUUGCUUCCUAUUUCUUUUUGCGCUGGGCCGCCUUACCGCCGUGCAUAUACAUAUCCUACGCCCUGUUUGCCAUAUAUAUCCCUACAUUUGUCUCGCUCUUCAGGCGGGAGCCCGAGGUCGUCCUGGUUGAUGAUGUCGACGUCAAGGUGACGGACAGGUUGGCGAAUGAAGACGAACUAGCCAAUGGCGAUACAGACGAGGCCGUGAUCGAGGAGGAAGUCCAGGUCACCGAGGAUAUCUCUGUGAGGGAGAAGCCGGCGUCUCCGCUGAAAACCAUCCUCGGAGGAAUCCCGAGUUCCAACAGCAAGCUGCACUCGAUCCUUGGCUUUCUCCUCAAUGCGGCCUGCGUGGCAAUGGUCACCGACGUCGUGUACCGGCCUCGUUGGCAGUACCCCACCCAUGACCUGUCGUUCGCCCGCGUUGGUUAUGUGUCCGACACCGAGGCUAAGUUGCUGAUUCGCGAACCGGAUCAGUCCAAGAUGCCCAUCUCGGUCCAGGUACAUAUCAAGGACGCCCAGCCGCCUUUUGACAACCCUCUUUGGCAGACAGCCGGCGGUGUUAAGUGGACAUCGAACGAGACCGAUUACACUGCCGUCGUCACCAUUCCCCUGUCUCACUCGAAGCAGCGCGUCUAUGAAUGGACCACGUCAAACAACCAUUCUGGCGAGUUCUUGUCCGCGCCAAAGCCUGGAAAGAUGCCAGAUCACAACGACGGCAAAUUCACCUUCCUCGCGACUUCCUGCAUUCUCCCUCGCCUCCCAUACAACCCCAUGGAUCACGCCUUGGCCAUCCCUGGAAUGAAGCACCUUGCCAAAGUUCUCCCGUCUUUGGGUGCCCAGUUCAUGCUUUUCAUGGGCGACUUCAUCUACAUUGAUGUCCCCCACCGUUUUGGGAAGUCAGUGGAGGAUUACCGACAAAAAUACCGCCAGGUCUAUGCAUCGCCUGAUUGGGCCCCUGUCGGCCAGAACCUCAGCUGGAUCCACGUGCUGGACGAUCACGAGAUUCUCAACGACUGGGAUGCCAAAACUACCGGUGUGUAUAAGACUGCUGUUGACCCUUGGCACCAUUACCAGACCGCUGUCAACCCCCCUCGUGCUUCAAGAGCUGGAACCGCGGGUGUCGUGUCCCGCGCUGGUGCUACAUACUUCUCCUUCACCCAAGGACCUGCCAGCUUCUUCAUGUUGGAUACACGCAGCUAUCGUUCUCGGAACGGCGAGCCUUUUGAGAGCGAAUACAAAACCAUGCUUGGCCAUGAUCAGUUAGAAGACUUCCUUUACUGGGUUCGUCGUCCUGAGCCCAAGGGUGUGAAGUGGAAGAUCAUCGCUAGCUCAGUUCCCCUAACCAAGAACUGGCGCGUCAAUACCAAAGACACCUGGGGCGGCUUCUUGCACGAGCGCCGUUUGGUACUCGAGGCCAUGUGGGAUGCCGGUGCUGCGGGAUACGGCGUCGUUGUUCUGUCGGGUGACCGUCAUGAAUUUGCUGCCACGGCGUUCCCACCGCCAAAGGACGGAAAGUGGCCUGAAAGCGUCACGGUGCAUGAGUUCUCAGCUAGCCCCCUGAACCAGUUCUAUUCCCCUAUUCCAACUUACAAGCAGAAAGACGAUGAAGAUGUCGAACUCAAGUACAUCAACACUGGAAACUCCAAGUUCGGAUCUCUCUCGAUCGAGAACCUGGCGGACGGUGAACGCAGCAGCCUUCAUUAUAGCUUGUACAUUGAUGGUGUGGAGAAGUGGAAUACGGUUGUUGUUACACCGGAAUUGGUCGAUGGCGCGAAGCCCUCCGUUUCCUUCUGGGAUAGAAUCCGAGGAGCAGUGUAA